UUAAGAUUUUAAGUUAGUGGUUAUUGGAAAUGUUCGUAUUGUGAUCAUAUUUUGUACUUACUUACUACACUUUAAAAUUUAUAAAAUGGUUAAACCAAUUUAUUGCAAUGUGCUCUUACUAGUUUCAUGCUUAGUAUAUGAAGCGCAUGGAAAUAAUCCUAGGGUUAGGUAUAUAAAAACGCCUUCACGUUUUAUUUCUGACAAUAAUGAUCCUUAUGAUUCAUCAUCGUUAUCAACAGCAGCAGCAGAUGUAGCAGUAGAAGAUACAGAAUCAUUAGAAUCAGCAGCAAAAUUACCGGCAUCGCAUUCUUUGAGGAAAUCGCUUAGUUCGAACGCUUCUUCAGGAUAUGAUGGAAAUCGUGGAUUAGGUUCAAAUAAUAAAUCUCGGCGUGGUGUGCACUAUAAACGAAAACCGUAUGAUAUGGUUUCAAACAAUCAGAAUAGUGAACAAAUGCAAAAUAAUAUGAAUUCUGGAUUUUCAAAUGAUAAAUCUCUAAGUGAUCUAGACAAUACAAAUUAUCAAACUGAAAUGACUUUAGACGAUUCAAACAUUAAAAAAAGAAAUAAUGAUAUGACUUUCGAAAGCUUAAAUAAGAGACCUUUAAGCGGCCUAAAUAAUAGAAACAAGAAAAACGAGAAUACUUCAGAAAAUAAAAAUAUCAGAGAAAGACAAAAUAGUAUAAUUUCAGAUUCAACACAAACAAAAAUGAAUCUUUUAGAUAGAAUUAAAGAAAACUUAAGACAAAAUCCUUUAUUCCCGAAAUUGAAUGAAGAUGAUAGUCAACGAAUCAAUUAUGGUAAUGAAAAAUCAAGUGUGACGAAUAUGAUGAAUUUUAAUAAAAACUUAUUUAAUGAUCGUGGAGUAUUAGGACAAAAUAUUAAUUUGUCAUUUAGAAAAUGUUGUAUUAAUGGCAAUUGUCGUGUUCUAAAAGACGGAGAAAAAUGUGGUGUUGAGGAUUUAUUUACAAAUAUGAAAGACACACAACAACUAAAAAAUCCGAUGUUUGUAACUAUGGGUAACGGAGACAAUGGUUUUCAAGAUAUGAUGUCAAACUUAAAGCCUUUUAAGGUAAACUCGUUCAACAAAUUUGGAGAUAGUUUCGAUGAAGGCAGCAAUAUUCAGGAAACAAGAAAACCGACAAAUAUGCGAUUUGGUUUAAUGAGAUACCCAAUUACCAUUCCCUCUUUAGAUUCGAGUAGUGGUAUAGGUAAUGGUAUGAGUUCAUUCGUUAUGCCACAAAAAAAUAAACCAAAAAAUUACCCAUACUCAGAACCUAUUGGUUUGAGUGAAGACGAAGCUAAUGAAAUCCGAAAUAAAGUCCUUCAAAAAUCUAAUUUGUAUAGAAAAAAACAUAAUCUCAUUCCAUUUACUUUGGAUGAUCAGAUAAACAAUUGCGCUCAAGACUGGGCUAAUAAUCUUGCGAAACUACAAACACUUCAACAUAGACAAAACAACGCUUACGGAGAAAAUUUGUACGCAGAUCAAGAUUUGAAUAAUUUAGGCGAAAAAGCAGUUGAUGCAUGGUAUAAUGAAAUAACUAAGUUUAACAUCGAUGACGAAGAAUCUGGAUUGGGUAGCAAUUCUGGUACACACCAUAUGACACAAUUGCUAUGGAAACCAUCAACUAAAUUGGGUGUUGGCGUUUCACAAAAUCCAAAUGGCAUGUACAACGUCGUUGCCAACUAUGAUCCUAGAGGAAAUAUAUUAGGGUAUUUCAAAGAUAAUUUACCUGAAAUAAAACAAGAAGACAUUGAAGAAGCAAAAAAAUCAAAAAGAGCAACGGAAUCGGUACCAGCAACGAGAUGGUUUUCGAGUUCAUCUUCUCCAUUUCAGUCAAGAUGGAAUAAUUACGAGCCAUAUUAAAAUUAGAACUAUUAGGUAUGUAUAAAUAACUGAUGAUUUGUAAAACUUGUAAAAAAGU